AUGUCGCCGACAGUUUCAAUUUAUGUUGCCAUCAGCAUCGGCGACGGCAUUUACAAACACUGGGGUGUUUUCAUCGAUGCACCCGGAGAAGAAGACAAAAUUUUCCUCCAGGUAGCGGGCUCGGAUGGCAGAUUCCGCUAUGAACUGGAAACAAGAGAUGUUCGACAAUCAGAUAGACUGGUGGAGUUGCUUUCCCUAUAUGAUGUGGAUGUCGCCGAAAUCAACUCCAUCAAGACUGUCGCUAGCCAAGUCACCGUCCACAAUGAGAUUCGAGGUUGGAACUGCCAAGACUACGUCCUAGAUCUUCUGGAGGCAUUGGAAAAAGAAGCGAUAGUGAACAGCAAAGACGCGAGGUAUAAGAAGCAGAAAGAUUUGCUCCAGGGGAAGCAGGAAGGACUGGCAUAG